AUGUCUACCAUAGCUUCAAUAUCGCGCAACCACCAAGAGCCCCUUCAACCGCUGUCUGAUCCGGUUGCUAUCCGGUCCGAUCUCGUUGCCUCAGAAGAGACUGACCUUCGCCUGUACCCCAAGGCCAGCAACAUGUCAGCAGCUGAAUACACCAUCAAAAAUGCGUUUACGGGCUCCACGAUCUUUUCGGUGACAGGAAAAAAGUAUGGAUCUAGUCCAGGUCGCGAAUUCCGUGACUCGAGUGGUCUCCCGUUAUUUGACCUUCGUCGGGCUGGAUUCUUGAUCAGGCCUUGGAAAGUCCGGUUGCCCGGAGACGAUAGUAAAAACCUGGCAGCGAUAUACAUGAAAGGUCCUUCCAAGAAAAUUAUUCUGGACAUUGAGGAGAACCAAGCUAUUACGACCAGCGGAACUAAGAGGGUCGACGACGAGAAGAAAGUCACCUUGAAGGUUUUUCGAAAAACGGCUCUUUACACCUUUGACGUCUUGGCUGGCGAUAAAAAGGUAGCUCAUAUUCAGGAGAACCCGGAGUUAAAUCGCUCCGUGGGCCACUGGAUGUCGAGCCCAUAUGAUUACGUCCCACCUAGACGUAUCUUGGAUAUUCGAUUGGCAGAAGGAUUGGAUGCGUCGAUUGCAGCCCUGAUUGCAGUGUUCAUAUCAGACAUGUUUUUUGGAAAUGAGGUUGAGGCCUAA